UCGAUGCGCCGGUCAGUGUUGUUGCGACCAACAGCUAAAACAUCCAUGUGAUGAUUUAAAAACAAAAAAAUAAACAAAGCGGGUCCUGAGCAAUCAAAAUGCUAAAUUCAAGGAAAGCUACAACUGUAUUUGCUUUUGGAUUGGCGACUUGUAUUUUGGAGCUUGAACGGCAGGAAAAACAGCAACAACGCCGCAAUAAACAACGGUUCAGACCAUAUUUAAAAAAAAGGGGAAACCUUGAAAACUUGUUGCAAAGUCCAACGGUGUUUUUUGAGAAUUUCCACAUGUCAGAGAUAACUUUUAACGCGCUACUUGGAUUCGUAGAGAAGCACCUUGUCUCAAAGAGGAAUACUGACACCAAAACUAUAUCUAUACCACCAAAAACCCAACUGGGGAUCAUUUUACAAUUCCUUGCCACAGGGGAGUUGAAACGAAACUCAGGGUAUAGAAACCACAUCAACACACAAGACUUAAGAACAAUUCUUGAAGAAGUAUGCGAUGCAAUAUGUGAGGGGCUGCAGAAGGAAUUCCCCAAGUGGACAACAGAGAAUAUGCUCAAGUGGGCAGAUGAAUUUGAAAAGAAGUACAAGUUUCCAAAUUGCCUUGGCGUCGUAGGAGGAAAACAUGUGGCUAUUAAGAAACCAUCAAACAGCGAUGAUCUUUUUCUAAACUACAAGGGCUUUCAUUCGGUUGUCAUUGUGGCUAUCUGCGACGCCUUUUAUCGGUUUACCUACAUAGAUGUGGGUGCCUUUGGCAAAGGGGGAGACCAGUAUGCCUUCACCCAAAGUAAGCUUGGAAAGGAUCUAUUAUCGGACAAGCUGCCAUUCCCUAAGGAUAGUAUGCUAAAUGACUACGAAACUCCAUACUUUAUAGCCGGCAAUGAUGCAUUUCCCCUUCACUUGCGCCUGAUGAAGCCCUAUUAUGGCAAACACAUUGAUGAGAAGGAACAGGUUUUCAAUUCUAAGCUAAGCGACACUCUUCGUUGCAUAGAGAACGCGUUUGCUAUUCUGAGCGCCAGGUGGAUGGCUUUCCAACGCACUUUUCCGAACCAACCAUAUGAGGCACAAAAGAUAAUCGCCGCCUGUUGCUACCUCCACAAUUUCCUAAUGCGGGAAAGUCCCGAAACCUACACGAUAGCACCUGAUUCUGAAAUCCCGCCGAAUACAGUAAUGACCGAAUUACGACCGUGUCGCCGAGGUCGACCUCUCGAUUAUUGCAAGGAACAACGAAAUAACUUGAAAGAAUAUCUCAAUAGCUGUGCCUAAAAUUGGAAUACUGUUAACGAGAUUUAUUUAGUUACCUAUUCAUUAACACUAAUUUAAAUGCUUCUCUGUAGAGAUCCGAAUGCAUUCUUUAAGAUUACACGUUGUCUCAGGAUUAAAUAAAA